AAGAGUCAUCCUCAGAACAUCAAGUACUGUUGUUCAACUUCGGGGAGAAAUAUUGAAAAACUACCCCUUAGUGUGUGUGUUCAUCAUUGUUUGGCACCAGGACUCCAAGAGGAUGAUGGAUUGGUGGGUUUCCAUGCCAAAGCUGGAACUUCACGCGCACCUUAAUGGCUCUAUCAGGAACUCCACUCUAUUGGAGCUAUCCAAAGAAUUGGAGGAGAAAGGGGUAAUUGUUUUCUCAGAUGUGGAACAUGUUAUACUGAAAAAUGAUCGUUCACUUUAUGAAGUAUUCAAAGUGUUUGACUUGAUUCACCUUCUUACCACAAACCACAAGACUGUCACCAGAAUUACCAAAGAGGUAGUUGAAGAUUUUGCUGCGGAGAAUGUUGUAUACUUGGAGCUAAGGACAACUCCUAAGAGAAAUGAUUCAAAAGGGAUGACAAAAGGGUCGUACAUGGAGGCAGUCCUGGAAGGGUUAAGGGCCGUCAGCACAGUUGAUGUUGAUAUUCUUCAUGAUUCAGAUGUAGAAAGCCAUAUUAAUGCUCAUACACAAUGUGGUGGUGGAGUAAAUGGAACACAAAGAAAGAAGAUUUAUGUUAGACUUCUUCUGAGUAUAGAUAGGCGUGAGACAACUGAAGCUGCUAUGGAAACUGUUAAGCUUGCUAUGGAGAUGAGACAUUUACGGGUAGUGGGUAUUGACCUCUCAGGACCUCCUGAUAUUGGUGAAUGUAUUUUUAUGCAUAGGAAAACGUUUUUACCAGCGCUGGAGUUUGCUAAAGAAAUGGGACUCUUAAUAACUCUUCACUGUGGAGAGGUGCCAAACCCCAAAGAAAUCAAUGAAAUGCUAGAUUUUCUACCGGAAAGAAUUGGCCAUGCUUGUUGCCUCAAAGAAGAGGAGUGGAAAAAGCUGAAGUCCUCUAAGAUUCCGGUUGAAAUUUGUUUGACGUCCAACAUCACAACUGGAACCAUCUCUUCAUUGGAUGCUCACCAUUUCGUUGAUUUGUACUAUUCUAAGCACCCGAUCGUGUUGUGUACUGAUGACAGUGGUGUUUUCUCUACCACCGCAUCUCGUGAAUAUGAUAUUGCCUCUUCUGCAUUUGGUAUAGGAAAAAAAGAGAUGUUUGAGCUGGCAAGGAAUGCCAUAGGCUUCAUCUUUGCUGAUGAUGGAGUCAAACGAGAAUUGGAACAAAUAUUUGAUUUAGCUGCUGAGAGGCUACAAUUCUGAAGGAAGAGGGGUUUUAUUUAGUUAAUCAAAAUCAUUAUUGGUGAUUGGUUGGUUUGGUUGUUUCAAUUUGGUUUGUCGUCUGUCUCUUUUGGAAAGGGUGAAACCUUUAACCGUAUCAUACACCUUGAGUCAAUUUAGGUCACUUUCGGUUGGUUACUUUUGUUCGGUUUGUAUCGAUUUUGGCCGUUUUAGUCAAUUCAGUCCGUUUUAAAGUUAAAAUCAUAAGCCGUAAAUAGAAUUGAACAUGGUUAUAUCGGUUUUGAUUGGUUUCGAUUUUAGUUGGUUCGUGUUUUGUCUGUUCAGUUUCAGCAGUGUC